GUUGACCUGCUUUGUGAGGAAAUCCACCAUGAGUGGGUAGUUUGAGAAAUCCCCACGGACUGUGUCCACGCUUGAUGCGUGUUAUUUUGAUUUAGGGAAGUGAAUUUUGUUCAUAUAGCAAUCCCAACCAGCAGUCAACCGCACAAAGCUGUCACUGGAGGAUUCGGUAUGAAGCUGUCUGUCGUAAAAGCAGUCUUGGGAUCGCUGUGUAUGCUGUUUGCAGAUGGAUUUCCAGUUUCAGAGGAUGGAGCUCCAGAGAUCAUUGGGCCACAUCGCGUCCACAUCAAAGCUCACCCAGGUGACCCGCUGUUUCUUCACUGUGAAGCUUUUGCAAAUUGUGAUGAUUCGGCAAUCAUCUACUGGCUCGUCAAUGGCUCCUUCCCUGAAGACACGCUCAGCAGUGAAAGACUGGUAGAAUCAGAGGAAUCAACGUUAGAGGGGGGUACAAUCCUACAGAGGAGUUUGCUGCUAAAGAAUGUCACAUCGGAGGACCUCAAAUCCAACUUCACCUGUGUUGUGACGAACCCUGCUGGAACGGCCCACAAGCACACAAUGUUAGCAGCAGCAAGGCGUGAUUGUAUUGUAGGGAAAAGAAGAAAACACUGAAUGUUACUGUAGUAAAAAAGUGGGAUUUUCUGAACCUUGUUUCACUUUUAAACCAACUCAUCUAUGACGAGAGUCGACAUUAUCUGUGAAUGUAUUAUUAUAUAUUAUACUGUAAGAUGGGAGAAUUAUGCCAAAAAAAAGUUGGAUUAAGAAAGGGGUACAUUUAGUUCCACAAUAGCACAUAAUUUUCCUUUGAUGGCUUCCCUUCAGUAAGACAACUGGUGUUAAAAUGUAUCUUCUGUUCUUUGAGGAAGGAAGUAUGAGGAAAUAACUUAGAUAUUAUUACCCGCUCUCCUAACAUGAAUUUGAUGCAGUAUGUUGAAGACCCCUGCUUUAUCCAAGGAAACAACACCCAGAGGCAACAUUUUACAUGGAACUGAACACACCUUUGUUACAAUUGUAGUAAACUCUGUUACUGAUAUUUAGAUGACUACCACUAUAUAUGGACUGCAGGUUGUAUGAAGAAUAUUGUAACAGUUAUUUGCAAUGCUUGUGUAUCAUUUGUCUGUUUGCUGGCGAUUUUAAAUUUGUAUAUUUUUGAGACUCCACUAUGAAACAAUCAAUUCACUCCCACA